UGGACAGCGGGCAUCGGGUCACCAGGCAUCAAGUCAUUUGGCUCGACAGCGAGCAUCGGGUCACCAGGUAUGACAGCGGGCACUGGGUCACCAGGCAUCAGGUCAUUUGGCUCGCCAGCGGGCACCGCGUCAUCUGGCAAGGCAGUGGGCACCGAGUCACCAGGUACGACAGCGGGCUCUGAGUCAAUUGGCACGACAGCGGGCACCGGAUCAUCUGGAUCAACAGCGGGCAUCGAGUCAACUGGCCUAAUAGGAUCGCCGAGUAGACGCAUCAGGCCGAGUAGAGAGGCUUCAGGCCGAGUAGAGGCAUCAGGCCGAGUAGAGGCUUCAGGCCGAGUAGAGGCUUCAGGCUGAAGAGAGGCAUCAGGCUGCAUACAGGCAUCAGGCCGAGUAGAGGCAUCAGGUUGCGUACAGGCAUCAGGCUGAGUACAGGCAU